AUGCAUUCCGAGGAUCACGAAGUUGUGAAGUUUUCAUUGAAAAGUGUGGGAGCACUGCCUCUUCCGAAAUUGCCGCAGAAAAAUAAGGUUCAUAAGCCGUUUAAGGUUAAUUUUGUGGAGCUUUUGGAAGACCGCAAAGGGAAGUCGAAAGGUGCUGCAGUUAUUGAGUUUCGAGAAAGAGAGUCGGUGCAGCGUUGCGUCGAAAAUUUGCAUCGUUAUCCGCUGAAAGACCGCCUGCUUACCGCCAAGGAAAUCCGAGAUCCUGUUGCGUUUUUCCGAAAAGUGAAAGAGGACACAGGCAUUGAUUUCCUGAACAGUUUGCAUGGCGGAACUGCUGUUGCUGACACCCGUAGCGCAUCCGAAGAGCAAUUUGAGACGUACGGUCUUAGUCCGGCAUUCCUGCGACAGCUGCAUAUAACCGGGCCUUUAACUAAUCGCGUUUUUGUCUCAAAUGUUAGUUUUAAAAUGUGUUGUGCCUGA